UACAAAGUUCCAGGUAACCACACUGCACACAACUGCACAAUCCCUAGGCCUGCUCCACCGUAUCAUGAUUUCAACGCCGAGGUGCAUGCACUGUUCCCUGGAUGAUGGCUGAAAAAGGCAAGGUGCUUGCUAUAUGCUCUGAAGAAGAAGAGGGCCGUGCUGGAGAAGCCAUGGAUCCUCCAUUACCCAAAAUGCGGUGCCUUGUGACCCUGAAGCCAGUAAAGGAGAAAGAGGGGAAACCCCAUCUUAAUGCCUCAGUCAUUGCAAAGGGAGAAGGUGCUACUGUCAGUCUGAAGGCCCAGGACGGUAUGAUGAAAGGCGAUUCGACAACAACCAAAGGCUCCCCAGAGUGGGUUCCUUCUGACAAAUCCAUUUACCUUAGCCGUGCCAGGCUCCUUCGUGAAGGUGGCGAUGCCACAUUUACAGAAUUAACGGUUAGCAGUGAGAUCCCUGCAGGUGCUACCAGUGUUGCAACCCUGCAUGGGGAUGAAGGUGUGACCGCUGGGAACCCAAUAAGCCGUGAGAAAUUUAACGCUGAAAUAAAACGUCAGCUAAUGAAGGAAAUUCGGCGAUAUGGACGGAAAUAUGGAAGGCUUUUUGAGCUGCUUGAAGAAGUGCAGGGACCCCUGGAAGUCCAGAUACAAUUUGUUGAAUUUGCCAUCAAGGAAGCAGCAAGGUUUAAAAGACGCCACUUGAUUCAAUUCCUUGAGAAGAAACAUGAAGAAAUGUUGUUUCAGCUUUCUCUCCAACAAUGAUCCACCACUUGAGAUGGAAUCCAGUUCCUACUGCAGUCCACAAGAUAGAACAAAUAGUUUAGUAUGUUUCAGAAAA